GGAGAAUCGAUCAAGCCAGGAAUUCCUCGCUUAGAUGGCGGUAGUCACUUGUCGUUCCGGAACGAACGAGACAGGAAAUGCUAGUCUAUGAAAAAAGGAAAAAUGGCUUCCAUCAUAAUAGUACAAAGUGAACCAGAUAAACAGCUUGUAUCCGAGUCGGUGUAUAUAGGACUGUGUCGUGUGAUUGGGACGUCAAAACAAGUCGCCAUGAGGAGAGACGUACUGAAUAUUGCAGAGAUAUUGUGGAACACGACAAAGACCAAUGAUGAGAUUUUAGCCAUGACGAUUGGAAGUAAGAGAGAGGGGUUCCGAAUGAAGGGAUCAGACGUGGAUGUAAUGUUCUGGCAAAAUGACAAUCGAGUGAUCUGGAAACUGUUUCAAAUUCAGUAUUACAAAUUAGGCAGCAUAAAAGCAAUCCUUUGUGACGGUUCUAAAAGUCCUCCAGGAUACACUCUGUUAUAUUUACUCUCACCAAGCACCUAUGAAAACCUACAAAUAGCAUGUGUUAAUAUAAAUAACAGGCUAUACGUAUCUAGUUCGAGGUACUUACAGUUCAUGUGUUCUGCAAUAAACCCUAAUUCAAAAAUCCAUGGACCAUGCGGAGGUGGGACUAUUGGAACGUUAGAAUAUGAUAAUGCUCCAUGUUUUGCCUGUGAUUUUUGGCCCCCUUCUGCCUCCUCUUGGAUAGACAGAUGUCAUAUGCAUUCAUGGCCAAAUCCUAGUAUUGUAUAUGUUAUAAUACGAAAUGGAUGUCAUUUUGUACCAAUAGGCCAUAAAUCAGGAGAUCAUGAAAUUGACGAAUGGAGAAUUUCUUUUGCUUUGGCAGAACAAAUGUUGGUGUAUUUUCUAGAUCACUUUCAAUUCUUAACGUAUGGUUUGCUGAAAUUGUUCUUAAAGGAAGUUAUUAAUGAUGGAUUAAGUGAAGAAGAUACAUUACUGUCUUCCUAUCACAUAAAAACAGCAGUUUUCUGGGUAAUUCAACAAAACAAAAUAACACACUGGUGUCCACAAAAUCUCCUGGAGUGUUUCUGGAUCUGCUUGAAACUCAUCCUUAAGUGGGUGUAUGAGGGUGUCUGUCCUAACUUUUUUAUUCCUCAGAAUAACAUGUUCCUGUGUAAAAUAUAUGGUAAAGCACAAUUAAAUUUGUUCACUAGACUUUAUGCAAUAUACAAAGAAGCUUUAUCUGUUAUAGACAUAACAAAGCUGAGGUUAGCACAGCCACAUGUAAUUUAUAACGAAAAUAUACAGAGAGAACGGUAUACAGAGGCUGUUGGGGGACAGUCCUGGUGUACAAAGUUAAGAAAGGCUGUAUCCCGUGACAUUAAAUUUGACGAUGAAAUAAUUUACAUCAGUGAAUUGAUACUGGAACAGCAAGCCUGUGUAGAGAACGUUACAUCUCUGUGUAUCCCGCCAUUAGUUCAGAUGUAUUUCCUUGAGGUCUUGUGCUGCAGACAUGUGGAUAGAGCGAGAGCUGAGACAGCAGUACACGAUCUACAGGUCUUAGUCCAUCAGGACCAGGAGAUAAAUAUUCCUUCUAAACUCGGAGACAUAUCGUGGCAGAUUCUGGGAAUCUGUCAACAGGUGACGGGAAAGACAGCCCUACAGCAUAUGUCCGAGGCAGUGUUCAUGGGACUGUGUGAUAAACUUGGGACUUCACAACUGGUGGCCAUGAGGAGAGAUGUGGUGGACAUAAAUGAAAAAGUGUACAGUCAAAGGAGAACAGGUGAAGAGUACUGUGUGGUGUGGAGUGGAAGUUACAGAGAAGGAUUUAGACUCAAAGGAUCAGAUUGCGACGUUAUGCUGUAGCAAAAUGAUCACCGUGUGAUAUGGGAAUUAUCUCAGUCUCAGUAUUACGAUACACACAGACAAACACUGAUCCUCUGUGACUGUUCUGAGAGUCAACCAGGAUUUACUUUGUUAUAUUUACUGUCACCAAGCAAGUACACAGAAAUUCAGAGAGCUUGUGUUAGAAUAAAUAACAGGAACUAUAUUUCCAGUUCUAAAUACAGAACGAUUAUGUGUUCAGCAGUUUUUUCUGACUCCAUUCAAUAUGGGCCCUGUGUCAGUGGAGUUACUUCAAGUGAAACAGAUUAUGAUAUUGCCCACUGUUUUGUUAGUGACUUUUGGCCUCCAUCUGUCUCUUCAUGGAUAGAAAGAUGUCACUCAUGGUCCCAGCCUCAUAUUGUUGAUGAUAUAGUAAAAAAUGGAUGUCACUUUGUAGCAAUAGGACAUACACUAGGACAUCAUGUGCACGAUGAAUGGAGAAUUUCUUUCUCUCAUGCAGAACAUAAACUUGUGUGUGAAAUGAAACACUGUCAAUUCUUAACUUAUGGCUUGCUCAAAUUGUUUUUAACGGAAAUCAUUAACAAUGAACUAAGUGAUGAUAAUAAAUUAAUGUGUUCCUAUCACAUAAAGACAGCAGUUUUCUGGGUGAUUCAACAGAAUACAUUUCAAUAUUGGUGUCCACAAAAUUUCCUCGAGUGUUUCUGGGUUAGUUUUAAACUAGUCCUUAGGUGGGUGUAUGAGGGGGUCUGUCCUAACUUUUUUAUUCCCCAAAACAAUAUGUUUCUGAGUAAAGUCCAUGGUGAAGCACAACAUCAGCUAUUUAUAAGACUGUAUGGAUUGUAUGAGAAAGGUUUAGCAUUCCUGCUAUACAGUCCCUCCAUUAGGUCUUGUAUUAUAAAUGUCCUUUGCAAUCCCUACCUCUCCAUCUGUACAGAUGAAAAUACUCUGAUUUCUGAGGCAGAGUUUGAUAAAGAUCUAUUGACGGAGACAAACAGAUAUGACGCACUUUUCACACCAAACCUAGAAACCUGUAUGAGAUAUCUACAUAUUGUAGAACAGAUGAUAAGUUCACCCCUCCUAACAACACAGUAUCAAGUUGUGAUUCUACAGAAACUUACAGCUUGUGUCCUUCAGCAAACUGCUUUUAAUUCAUACAUGGAAACUUACAAACAAACUUAG